AUGUCACAGUUGCAAUGUUCAGGUGGUUUGCAAGAUGGUCACAAUGACCAAAAUGAAGCUGCAGCAUAUAUGCAUUCAAACCCCUUCCGUGUGGACAAAAAUGUUGCUCGUGUGAUGCCUCUAAAUCCGAACUGGAUGUUUACGCACCAACAACAACAGGCUCAAUACUAUCCGUAUUUCCCUUACGUACUGCGACGUGCGCAUUUCCCAAGUGCAUCCACAAAUAUUGCUUUAUCUGUGUCCACAAGCUUGGACAUUGCUGCGCAUGAAAACUCCAGUUGCAGUAACAGUGCUCCAUCCACAUCGGCAAACAACACGAACAGCAAUCCAAAUAAUGGAGCCAAAACGUCAAACAAGUGGAGCGAGGCGCAAACCAGCGUACUGGUCAACAAGUGGAAAGAAAGAAUCGACGAGCUGGCAAUGGAAACUUGGCACAACAUUGUCCGAGCCGUGUGCAAUGUUGGAACGCUAAGAACUGCAAAGCAGUGCAAGGACAAAAUCAGAAAUUUAAAGUUAGCACACAAAACACAAAGACCAACAACAAGACCGGACGACCACACCAAACCAGUCCCUACUACAACUCUUUUGAUGAAGUUCUCGGUAUGCGGGCCAUCGUAACGAUGCUAGGGGUUCUUCAGAGUGGGAAACUGUCUGAAGAAUCUUCUUCUAGUGGUCAAAUGAAUGACUCCGAGUCAGAGGAGGAAUCUGACGACAGUUUACUGCCUGGUGAAUCGGAUUCGGAAAGUUCGCCAAGUUCUGCGAAACGACAAACAAAGUGGAGCAGAAAAAGAAAGCGAAGAAAGGCAAAAGAGGAGCCAAAAAAGAAAAGAGGAGCAGAAAAAGAAAGCGAAGAAAGGCAGAGUAACAACCGCGAUGAUCGAUUUGACAGAGAAGCUGGUGGGAAUGCAGAACUCCCAGAUGGAAAUGAUGGAGAAGGCACAGAAACAUGCAGAAGAUUUACUGGUCAAGCUUGA